AUGGCCGACGCCAAUGCGCUGCAGACCGCGCAAACGGGCGUGGACGUGCGGCUGGACGAGCGCAAGAUGUACGUCGUGGAGUGGGCGGACGGCGCGGCCUUUGGCUUCACCGUGACGCCCGUGCAGUCGGACCGCGGCACGGUGCUGUGUCUGGCGCGGCGCACGGCCAGCAGCGCCACCGCCGGGCUGCAGGACGUCGUGGCCGGCGACAUGCUCAUCGCCAUCGGAGACGAGAAGGUCUACCACCUGGGCGCGGCCAGCGCCACCAAGCUGCUGCGCUCUGUGCAGAAGCCCGUGCGGCUGACGCUGCAGCUGUCGCCCUACGGCGCUACGUCCAAGGACCUGCCCGACCUGGCCCCCAACGAGUACACGUACCUGUGGGAGUCGGGCCCGCUGGGGAUCGUGCUGACGACGGACCCCAAGAGCAAGCUGCCGCUGGUCAAGCGCUUCACGGGCAAGGCCGACAGCCCCGCGCUCGAGCGCGACGUGAGCGUCGGCGACGAGCUCGUGUACGUGAACCAGACGCCCACGAGCGACCACUCCAUCUCGGCCAUCAUCAACAUCAUCAAGGAGCUGCCCAAGCCCAUCACGCUGCGCUUCCGGAAGCCCCUGGCUGACGAGCUGCAGAUGGAGCUGCCCCAGCUGGGCGAGGGCGAGUACGACUUCCUCUGGGAGUACGGCUCGCUCGGGCUCGUGGUGGGCACGUCGGCCGACGGGCUGCCCUACGUCCGGUCGUUCACGGGCAAGGGCACGUCCAAGCAGCUCGCGCAGGUGCAGGAGAACGACGAGAUCAUCCUCGUCAACAACCGCUCGGCCAAGGAGCACGGCUUCCACGAGACCAUGCAGUACAUUAUGAACGUGCCCAAGCCGGCGGUCAUCCGCUUCCGCCGGCCGCUCGCAAAUAGGAACAAGGCAAGCACGCCGCCCAAGCUCGUGGAGAGCGUGUCGCUGCCGACGUCGCAGAUGGCGGCGAUGAGUAUGGAUCCACCGUCGCACCCGCAGCGAGCUCCGUCCCCUGUGCGCUCUGCCAGCAUUGGUGGGGCACCCCCAGCUCCGGCGCCUGGACGCAGCUACUCCGCUGCUAGCGAGAACGAGGCCGCGCCCAGUCUACUGGGAUACCGAAGCGCGCGCAGUAAUAGCUCCUUCACGCGCCACCAGCACUCUAGCAAGUACCAGACCCACCCACAGCAUCAAGUGCAGGCCACGGAAGAUCUGUCCUUCGCCCAGACAGCGCCAAGCCAGGAGAAUGGCUACCACCAGUCCCAGCCUCAGCAAGCAUAUCAACAAGCCCCGCCACAGCAGCAACAGCAGCAGCAGCAACAACAACACUCACCGUAUCAGCCAUCGCCACUCCAGCAGCAGCACCCAUUCCACCAGACACCUCCGCUGCAGCAGCUCUAUCAGCAGUCGUCGUUCCAGCAGUCGUACCAGCCCGCGCCGCAGAUGGAGGAGGAGGAGUUCUUCGAGAUCGAUAUGAACGCGUACUACCAGAUCCAGUGGACCGACGGCCCGUUCGGCUUCACGGUGCGCGAGGCGCAGUCCAAGCAGGGCGCGGUGGUGCUCAUUACCAAGCGCACGGGCAAGAGCACGUGCGCCGGCCUGCGGCGCGUGGCCGUGGGCGACAUCCUGAUCAAGAUCGGAGACAAGGACGUCCGUCAGCUCGGCUUCGAGCGGUCCACCAUGCACCUGCGCAACGUGCCCAAGCCCGUGGUGCUGACGUUCCAGGCCAUCGACUAG